CAUAGCUUCCAUUACUACGGCGAUACAAUCUCUUGCGUCGAGCAGUCUGCAAUAACUUCCAACAUCUUGAACGAGUCCGACACACGUUUCAACAUGGGACUCCUCGCCCAAAACAUCACGCCACUUCCUGAGAUGCAUUUUGCUACGGCUUUAGCGUUGCUUUCAAUUGGACUGGGAGUUGGAUACUUCCUCCUGACCGCAAUAUACAAUGUUUACUUCCACCCCCUGCGGAAUGUCCCUGGGCCGAAGCUCUGGGCCAUGACACUGAUACCCUAUACUCGCAUGUUCCUGUCCGGCAAGGCUCUUCGGGAAGUGCUGGAACUUCACAAGGCUUACGGCCCUGCCGUGAGACUGGCGCCCGGUGUUGUAGCCUUUAGUCACCCUGAUGCAGCCAAGGAAAUUCGUGGCCACCGCAAGGCAGGUAUGGGAGAGCACGGCAAAGACCCAAAGCACCUUGGACCCCUAGGCAAGACCAUUCUUGGCGCGGAUCGGGCAAACCAUUCACGAUACCGGCGAUCCUUGGCCCACGGCUUUUCAGCCCAAGUCAUGCUUGACCAGGAGCCCAUUAUCAAGCAAUACGUCGACAUGUUCAUCCAAAAGCUUCACGACGAAAGUGCUGGCGGUACGAAACGGGUUGACAUGGUCCAGUGGUUCAAUUAUACCACUUUUGACAUCAUUGGCGAUCUAGCCUUUGGCGAGCCCUUUGGCUGCCUUGAAGAAUCGAGGUAUCACGGUUGGGUGUCGCUUGUUUUCUCCAGCAUCAAGAACCUGACAUAUGUAGCUCAGCUACAACGCUUUGCUCUCAUUGGUCCUCUGUUAAGGAGGUUUGUUAUACCCAAGACUCUGGCCACAAAGCUCGCAGAACACAAUCAGCUCUCAGCAGCCAAGGUGUCCCAAAGGCUGGCGAGGGAGACUAACCGCCCAGAUUUCAUCACAGCCAUGACGACGAGACGUGGUUCGUCCAAGGGGGAUGAGCUUACCUUCGAUGAGCUGGCGUCACACUCAUCACUACUCAUCACUGCCGGUUCCGAAACAACAGCCACUGCCCUGUCUGCAGCAGCGUAUUACCUAGGAACAAAUCCGCGAGCGCUGGCCAUUCUUACGGAGGAGGUUCGCACGACGUUCUCCACCGAAGGAGAGAUCGACUUGCUUAGCGUGCAGAAGCUGCCUUACAUGCUGGCCGUGUUAGAUGAGGCUAUGCGCAUGUAUCCACCCGCACCAGGGGGUCAGCCACGGAUUAUUUGCGAAGGAGGCGACGAGAUCAUGGGCAUGUAUAUGCCUGCAGGUACAAAAGUCGAAGUCUGGCAGUGGGCUACACACCAUAACCCAGCGAACUUCACCAGACCAGACGAAUUCAUCCCCGAGCGUUGGCUUGGGGACCCGCGUUUCGCAAACGAUAAAGUUGAAGCGUUCCAGCCGUUUUCGGUUGGCUCGCGGAAUUGUAUUGGGAAGAACCUUGCGUAUGCCGAGAUGCGUUUAAUACUCGCCAGGCUUGUGUGGAAUUUUGACAUCCAGGUCGCCGAGGAGAGUAGGGGUUGGGAUGACCGGAGCGCAUUCUACCUCCUAUGGGAGAAAGGCCCCAUGAAUAUGUACCUAAAGCCGAGAAGCUAGUAUUUUUAAAGGAGAAGGAUGAAGAUCGUGACCAACGGUUGGUUACAAGGGUGCUAGGCAAAUAUUCGCAAAUAUCAAUGAGA